AUGGUGACAAGAUUAUGGAAAUAUCCAUUAAUCAAGACAUGUAUUGCUGGCGCGGCAGGAUACUUGGCAGUUGGUGUGGUAGAUUCAGUUGAUUCGUGCCCAAUUCUAGAUGAUAAUGAGAAAUGGAGGAAAUAUCGGUCUGAUUUCUAUGAAUUUUAUUUUAAAUUUGCGGAUGUUGUUGGUAAGCGUCAUUACAUCGAAGAGGAGUAUCGACAAAACAUUCCAAGUGGAUCCUAUCUAAGAUGUGCUAUUGAUUCGUUAGAGAAGGCUGAUCAAAUUAUUAGGCUUGACAAUGAUAAUCGGUUACGAAGAAAAGUUUUGCGCAAGGCUCAUCGCUACGCAAUCAAAGCAGCCACUGUUGAGGAAGAUGAGGAUUUAAGAGCCGAAACUCAUAAAUGGUAUGGUCUUAUCAUGUUGAAAAGAUCGAAAUAUGGAAACAAAAGAAAGCGAUUAUUGAAGGCAAUCAAUGAACUUGAAAAAGCAUUGAUUACUGAUAUCACAGAUCCGCAAAUUUGGUAUUAUUUAGGCGUUGCAAAAUAUGAGCUUGGUGAAUACCAGCAAGCUAUUGAUUGUCAUUUGCGGGCAAAGAAAUUAAAACAAAGCGAUUGUCCUCAAAAUCAGUAUCAUCUUGGAUUAGCGCAAAAGCAAUUAAACACUCCAAAAUCUCGGUUGGAUGCAUGUAAUGCUUUCAAAGAAGUUUUAGCAAAACAUUGUGAUUCGAUCGCUGAUACCGUGGUACGGCGCGCAGCAGUCAGAGAAUUUCGUGAAUGUGAGGAAAAUUUAUGA